AUGGCUGACAUGACCAAGGUCAACAAGCUGCGCCCGUUGGACGCUGGCCUUAAUAUAACAGUUAAGGUUGUCAAUGCAAAGACGGUAGCACAAAGAGGCCGAAACCAAGCACGGUUUUCUGAAUGCUUAGUUGGGGACGAGACGGGAAUUAUCAUUUUUCCCGCCAGAAAUGAUCAAGUGGAUCUGGCUAAAGAGGGAAACACCCUUGUCCUCUCGAAUGCAAAAAUCGAGAUGUUCAAGGGAUCAAUGAGGCUGGCCGUUGAUCGUUUCGGCCGGGUUGAAGCGGGUGAACCUGCCAGUUUCUCUGUGGACGAGAGUAACAAUUUGUCGUUGAUAGAAUUUGAGCGUAUUGAUGUUGUUGUUUGA